CUUCGUUUUCCCCCAAUGUCGUCCGCCCACGUUAUCGGCCUCAUCCGUCUUCGCAACGGUGAACGCCGUGCUGCUACCGAGAGCGCCCGCUCCACUGUCUAUAACUACUACCAUUGCUUCCUGCCUUACGAGAAUGGCCACGCCUCCGCCGUUAUUCGUCACUAUCCCUCUAGCGAGGAACAGCAGGGCCUCCUUCCGUACCACACCAUUGUCUUCGUCAUCGCCAAGGCCAACUUCGCGCAAUCUCCCGACAUUCUUCUCGAUGCCAUCGCUUUCUAUCCAUUCCCCGGUGAUCCCAACGACGAUGCUUACCUUGCCUUCAUGCCUGAGCUCUAUCGCUCUCCGUUCUUCAUCGGCGUCGGUCGCGUGUCUGCUCCCUCUCAUGGGGAUCUCCUUCCUUCGUCUUCUCCUAUCAAGGUGUAUGACCUCGCCGUAUCCGACUACGUCCGUCACGCCACCGCCAACUCCACCAUUCAAUUUUGGUACGACAGCUCCCAACCGCGUUGGCAGAACAUCCGCCCUCCUGGUAUCAACAGCUCGGUCGGUGUCAUGGGUAUCGCAACCGGCAAGUCCAAGUGUGGAUUUAUCCAGUUCGAGCAGCUCUCGAUCUCUACGGGCGUCUCGGCUAGCUCUGUGGGUGGAUCGGGUCCACAGCCGAACGCACCAGCGCCUCCCUCGUCUUCCUCGCCGUCCUCUGCCUUUCUUUCCCCUGCUAAGCGGAAGAGGCUCGCCUUUAGUCCCGAACGCGAAACAACUCCUUCACCCGACCCUCGCUCUUCCGUUUUCGACUUGGAGCAAGCUUCGUCGAGCAGCACUAUCCAUUCGGAUGUGUCUGACGCAUCGAACAACGCGCCUCCUCCCGCGAACACCUUGGACUCGCAUCUUCCCAUUCUUCCUCCUGGGGCAUUCCAUCCCCAGACACCACAACUUUUUGAACUGCGGGAGCCCGUCGUCCCUGCUCCUCCUGCCGUUCAGCCAGACUCUCCUUCUGUCGCAGGCCCAUCCACUGUCCCUGCCGCUCCUUCCAUUCCGCCCGCAAUUGCUUCUCUUCUCUCCCUCGUCGAUCCCGCUGCAAUUCAAGCGUUCGUCGCAUCUCAGGCUGCUCAACUGGCAGCAGCUAACGCUGCUCAAACGAGUGUCACUUCGCCCCAUGCCCUCCCUUCCACUUCUACCGAUGCCGCCCCUGCCCUGCCCGAGACUGCAGCUGUGCCUGCGUCGGCCGUCGCGUCUACGCCGUCCGCUGCGCCUCCAGUGUCGACGUCGUCUGCUUCUGUUUCGACAGGUGCAGGUCGUGCUCGCUCUACGAAAACGCGCGCGAAGGGUAAAGGAAAGGCUAAAGAGUAAGAUUGUCUUUCUUAUCUCUCUUGCGUGAUAUCAUGCGGUACAUACUAUUCCGUUCUCUUCUCUCUCGCGUGGCUGCGUGUUACUGUCUGAAUAGCUUUUAACUUAUUUAUGUUUGUACGCUAUACCUGCUUUCCUCUUCGUACAUUCAUAUCGCAUUCUGUAGUAAAUGUAUACCCAUCGCCGUUGACAUAUACACGGUCUCUUUGCG